AAUGAAUACUUAUCUCAGUUUGUUUUUAUUUCAGCUUUGGCUAGAUCAGAAUCUAAAAGAGAUGGAGGUUUUAAAAAUAAUUGGAGCUUUGAUCAUGGAGAAGAAAGUGAAGGAGAUACAGAUAAAGAGUGCUUCACUUCUGUCUGGGCAACAGCUCCGUUCAUCAUUACCACUUUAUGUGCUUCACCUAUGAGAUGUUGAACUGAAGUGAAGUUUUAUUUGAAGGAGAGCUUUGAACUGUGAGGCAAAUCUACUCAGUGUAGAUGAAGAUGAGGAUUCUGAAACCUCAAAAGGAAAAAAGUUAAAUCGUCAAUCUGAAGUUGUUGCUACUAAUUCUGGUGAUCCCUGGAAGACAUGUGCAAGACGAAACAAGACUGAAAGUUUAAAACCUUUGAAAGGCAACGCAAUUGGACUUAACAUGUUGAGCAACAAUAAGAAAUUGAGUGAAAAUACACAAAAUGCAUCAUUAUGUUCUGCAACUAUAAGACGUUUUCCUCAUGCUAAUGCACAGAUAUCAAUAGUAAAAACAGCAGCCCAAAGCAGUCUGGACCAAAAGGAAAGGAAAGAAUACCCACCUCAUGUCCAAAAAUUUGAAAGUAAUCCUGUAAGGUUAAGUCGGCCCCAAGGUAUUGAUCGUAUAAUGAAGAAAACAGAAGAGUCUGAAUCACACCUGGAGUCUGAAAUUAAAAGGAAAGUACCACAGAAACGUCACAGUAGUACAUAUCAGUCUACCCCAUCACCUCUGUCUCCUGCUUCCAAAAAAUGUUUAACUGAUUUAGAGGUUUCUAAACAGUGUGGAUAUUGUCCAAAAUGUGGAAAAGAAAAAGAAAAUCAGACUAAAUGCCAAAGUUGUGGUAUUCCUUUUAAGGAUUUGCAGAGAAAUUGCAGACAAGCUGUAACUUUGAAUGAAUCUACGGGAUCAUUAUUAAGAACAUCAAUUCAUCAGAAUUCUGGCGGACAGAAGUCGCAAAACACAGCAUUACCAGCCAAGAAGUUUUAUGGCAACAGUGUGGGAAAGGUUCCAAUUGAUAUUAUUGUGAAUUGUGAUGAGAGUGGACAGAAUUAUUUACAGACUAAUGGGAAAGUCAUUUUAUCUAGGGCAAAAGUAGCCAAAAUCACAAACCUGAAAGAAAGGAAAACAAGCCUGUCAGAUCUAAACGAUCCAAUCAUUUUGUCCAGUGAUGAUGACGAUGAUGACAGUGACAGGACUAACAGAAGAGAGAGCGUAUCUCCUCAACCUGCUGAUUCAGCAUGUUCCUCUCCAGCACCAUCCACCGGAAAAGUAGAAGCAGCACUAAAUGAAAAUACCUGUAGAGUAGAGCAUGAACUAAGAAGCAUUCCAGCAGAUUCAGAAUUAAAUACAGUUACAUUGCCAAGAAAAGCAAGAAUGAAAGACCAGUUUGGUAAUUCUAUUAUCAGUACACCUCUGAAACGUCGCAAAGUGAUUUCUCAAGAAACUUCAGUUGAUCCUGUAUCUUUAAACUGCCAAAGUUCCUUUGAUAGUGUAAUUUUAAACUGUCGAAGUAUACGAGUGGGAACACUCUUCCGACUAUUAAUAGAGCCUGUAAUUUUUUCUUUAGAUUUUAUCAAGAUACAGCUGGAAGAACCAGAAAACGAUCCUGUAGGGAUUACUCUAAAUACCUCUGAUCUGACUAAAUGUGAAUGGUGUAAUGUCCGAAAAUUACCAGUAGUGUUUCUUCAGACAACACCAGCAGUUUAUCAGAAGCUGAGCAUGCAACUGCAGAUGAACAUGGAGGAUAAAGUUUGGAAUGAUUGUAAAGGAAUAAAUAAGUUAACAAAUUUGGAAGAACAAUACAUAAUUCUGAUUUUUCAAAAUGGCCUUGAUCCUCAAGCAAAUAUGAUAUUUGAAAACAUCAUUACUGAAAUUGGUAUAAAGAAUAAUGUGUCCAAUUUUUUUGCAAAAAUUCCCUUUGAAGAAGCCAAUAGCAGACUUGUUGCCUGCACAAGAACCUAUGAAGAGAGCAUCAAAGGAAGUUGUGUGCAGAAAGAAAACAAAAUUAAAAAUGUGGCACUUGAAUCUAAGAUACAACUUAAAAACAAACAAGACUUCCAGUUUUUUGAUGAUGAGGAAGAAGCUGGAGAAAGCCACACCAUCUUCAUGGGCCCUGUAGAAAAAUUGAUAGUAUAUCCACCACCUCCAGCUAAGGGAGGCAUCUCUGUUACUAAUGAGGACCUGCAUUGUCUAAGUGAAGGAGAAUUUUUAAAUGAUGUUAUUAUAGACUUUUAUUUGAAAUAUUUGGUGCUUGAAAAAUUGAAGAAAGAAGAAGCUGACCGAAUUCAUAUAUUCAGUUCUUUUUUCUAUAAACGCCUUAAUCAGAGAGAGAGGAGAAAUCUUCAUGAAACAACUAAUCUAUCAAUACAACAAAAGCGACAUGGGAGAGUCAAAACAUGGACCCGGCAUGUAGAUAUUUUUGAGAAGGAUUUUAUUUUUGUACCCCUUAAUGAAGCUGCACACUGGUUUUUGGCUGUUGUUUGUUUCCCUGGUUUGGAAAAACCAAAGUAUGAACCUAAUCCUCAUUACCAUGAAAACACAGUCAUGCAAAAAUGUUCAACUGUAGAGGACAGUUGUAUUUCUUCUCCUUCAGCCAGUGAAAUGGACAGUUGUUCACAAAACUCUUCUGCCAAGCCUGUAAUUAAGAAGAUGCUAAACAGAAAGCAUUGCGUAGCUGUAAUUGAUUCAAAUAAUGAACAGGAAGAAAGUGACCCUCGUUAUCGGAGAAACAUAAGCAGUGUGAAAUGUAGUCUGAAAAAAAUAAAUCAUACUGCAAGUGAAAAUGAAGAAUCGAAUAAAGGAGAAUCUGCAUGCCAGAAAGUUGUUGAUAGGACUAAAAGUGAGAAUGGCCUACAGAAUGAAUAUUUAAGUUCUAUGCACCAUACAGAUGGCUUAAGUAAAAUCAGACUAAACUAUAGUGAAGAAUCAGCUGAAGGUAGUAAAAUGCUUGAAGAUGAACUCAUCGACUUCUCAGAAGAUCAGGACAACCAGGAUGAUAGCAGUGAUGAUGGUUUCCUUGCCGAUGACAACUGCAGUUCAGAAAUAGGACAGUGGCAUUUAAAGCCUACCAUCUGUAAACAACCUUGCAUCCUACUGAUGGACUCACUCAGAGGCCCUUCUCGGUCAAAUGUUGUAAAAAUUCUAAGAGAGUAUUUAGAGGUGGAAUGGGAAGUUAAAAAAGGAAGCAAAAGAAGUUUUUCCAAAGAUGUUAUGAAAGGCUCUAAUCCAAAAGUACCCCAGCAAAACAACUUCAGUGAUUGUGGUGUUUACAUAUUGCAGUAUGUAGAGAGCUUUUUUGAGAAUCCAAUUCUUAGUUUUGAACUACCUAUGAAUUUGGCAAACUGGUUUCCUCCUCCAAGAAUGAGAACAAAAAGAGAAGAAAUACGAAACAUAAUUCUGAAGCUGCAGGAAGAUCAGAGCAAAGAGAAGAAGAAGCAUAAGGACACUUACUCAACAGAAACGUCUUUAGGCGAGGGAACAGAACAAUAUGUCAAUAGCAUCUCAGAUUGACCACUUCUGAUGCUUGUCAGUAUUGCCUUCAGAGACUGAGUGACUUUCAACUUUGGGUAUAGACAGUAAAGAACUGAAGUGCUCUCUACUCAGAGUGAUUUGGAAAUGUUAAUGCUUGUAUAAAUGUCAUAUAAUUAAUUUCCAAUGGAGUAUGUAUUAAGUAAAAGUCUGUAAAUAUGUUAAUGAGGCCAAUUUUUCCAGCAUUUAUAAUUAUUUUUUUCACUUGUUAGGAAGCUUUUGUUAUGUAUUUUCUGUUAAUAGUACUUAAAACUGCAACUUCUAAACACAAAAUAAAUAAAAAGAAAAUAUUUAUAGGAGGAAAUGAUUAAUUUGAUAUUCUUUAGUGAAAUUGUAUUCAAUCUUCAGUGGGUAUGAUAUAUUUCAUGGGAAUAUUCGAGUAGCAAUGAUAGUCUUUUGACCUUUGCAUUUGUUCUAAAAUAACUUGAAAUAUGAAACUAAGAUUAAAUCAAAGGCAUUUUGAAUAAGAAAGACAUCUUCAUAUGCUUGUGUAGCAGAAAAAAAGUAACAGCUUUUUAAUUCAUACACUCCAUUGUGCUUAGAGAACUGGGCCCCCAAAUGUAAUAAAUAUUUAUAAUUUUA